AUGCUGACGCGGAGGUCGAAGGUUCAUCCGUUUACUGAGCGUCCGCUGGGGGACUCGUGGAGAGUUGAGGAGACUGAGCUCGACAGCAGAAUGUCCAACACAUCUGUCAACUGCUGCUUUACACAUCGUGGUAUGAAUAUCAAAACUGCAGCCUGUAGAGUGAAGCCUUUGGAGUAUAGAAUGCUGACUGAGGUCACUGAAACAAAUUGGUACAGAAACUUUUUCACAUCUUCCGGAAGCCUGAACAUUGAGACAAAGCACUCUCUUAAGAUUCGGAAGUGGGAGAAGAGACUCCAGACUGCAGUAGGUGAGGGCGAUGUGGAGGACCUGUGCAGUCGAGCUCAGAACUACAUUAAUCUGUACAGAAAACAGAUUCCAAAAGGAGGUGGUAAAAUGCACUGUGAGAAAGAAAACUCACCUCUGGAUUGUUUGGAACAAGCAGCCAUCCACUACGCUACUGCCAUCAAAUUCAAACCGCAAGAUUCACAACUGCAUUUCCUGCUGGGAAAGACUUUAGAGGAAUUCUAUUAUGCAUCAGAACUGUAUGGCCUGAAAAAGAAGGCUAAAGAGGAAGACCAGGACCUUAGUGAAGCCCAGACCAGCGGGAGACGAGAAGAGAUCCUGGCAAUCUGCAGUCUUCAUGGCUUCUCCGGGACAGUUUCAGUAGAGAAUCAGCUAAAAGCCCUUGAUAAGGAGCUCCAGCUGCUGAAAGAGCAGGGCCAGUCGGGAAAAGCUGAUUAUGUUCAGACUCUUCACAUUUGGCUGUGCAAAACAGCUGGAAAGGUCAGCAAUCCUGAAGUGUGUGAUGAGGAGAACUGGCUCCACAGAGCCUCUCUGAAGUAUCUGGAUGCCUGGUCUCUGAGUCCAGAUAAGUGGGAACUGAACCUUCAUGUGGGUCGUCUGCUGCUCUUACAGGGAAGGAGCGAAGAGGCCCUGCAGCACCUGUACACUGCACUGGCCAUCACACCUGUCCAGGCAGCUCUUAGGUUCUACACAGGCCUGGCCAUGCUGCAGCAGCCUGGAGCUUCAGUGGAAAAUGAGCCGGAGGCAAUUUUGUUCCUCCAGCAGGGCCUGGAGAGUGUUAUGGCCCAGUACUUUACCUCUCCAGAUCAUGAUCGAGGUCAGAAGCAGGAUGUUGGAUAUGCUCUUUCCACUGUGAAUGUCCAGUUUCUCAGAGCUUGCCUCAGUCUGGGAGAUCUGCUGUGCAGGCACGUCAACUCAGGGCAGGAUAUGAGUCCUGUACUGGUCUAUCACAUGGUUGCUGUGUUUGCUGCGCGAGCCGUUAGCAUGAGCGCUGCUCAGGGGGAGAUGGUUCAGCAGUUGGAGUGGGUGUUACUCGAUGCUCACUUCGCAUUGCUUCAAAUUCUCGUGCAGCAGCAGAGCGAAAUCACGCAGGUGUGGAACACUCGGAGAUGCCAGGCGCUCGGGGCGCUGAUCAGGCUCUCCUGCAUCGCCCCCUGCAGGAAACUGUUGGACAUGCAGGAGAGGGUGUGUGAGAUGGGGGUAAUGACCACACCCUGCAGCAGUACAGCACUAUGUCAGCUAGGCCUGGCCCAGCUGGCCCAGUACGACAGUGACUCCAGCUCAGUAAGAGGUCAAGCAUCCUUAGCUGAUGCUUGCCUCAGUUUCCAGGCCAGCAUCGCACUGGAGGGACUGCCUUUAACCGGAGACGCCCCGGAGCUACUGACCAAGCAGGCGUGGUGGCAGAACCACUGGGUUAAAGAGAAGGAGAGGAGAGACAGGCAGGCCAGUAUUAAAACCACAGGAGUGAAUACAGCGUUUGAUAAAACAGGAGAGGGGACUGCGACUGGGAGAGGCAGAUCUGCAGCCGCAGCCAAGAGCACUCCAUCUGCUCCGGCCCGCGGCGUCAGAACUGGCCCGGCCCGCGGGGUCAGAACCGGCCCGGCCCGUGGGGUCAGAACCGGCCCGGCAGCCAGACAGAGAGGACAAGCAUCAAGAGGAGCAGCUGCUGAGGCUGAUGUUGGAGUGAAGAGUCCAGGAGAAGUGAGCUGUAAGAUUUCUUCUGCUGGCGAACAGGAACAUUACCUUAACCAGGAAUGCAGGCCUCCCCAGGCGGAUUCAGCAGCAGAAUCAGUGGAGAGUAAAGCCGGUCCUGAAUCUCCUGCAGUUGCUCUAAACAGAAAGUGCUCUUCUGCUCGGCUGGGAUUGGCCCGGGCCCUGUCUCACUCUCCGGACUCUCACGAGCAGGCCUGCAGGUUUUACAGAGAGGUCAUCGCCCUGGACCCUGAGGUGUAUGAUGCAUACAUUGAGCUGGGGAACCUGCUGGUGAGUAGUGACCCUCUGGCUGCGGUGGACGUUUACAGCCACUUCCCAUUUAAACCCGUCACUGAUCAGACGUUUGAUGAGGCGUUUCUGACUGGAGAGAUUGUUCGCAUCCUAAUGAAGCAGGAGCUGUUCGACCAUCCACAGCUGCUCCCCAACCUGAUCGCCUACGGGAAGGUCAUGGGCCUCAGCUGCCUGGAGAAGUACAUUGAUGUACUGGAUAAGAAGUUCAAGACCAAACUUCUGAAGCAUGUUUAUGCAGGAAUUCAUCAUAAGUCACUGGACGAUGAGGAUCUUCAACAGUUUUUUAAGUUUAAAUGUUGGAUAUGAACAGAGUUAUGAUCUUAAGACUUUUUAUUCCGCAAACUCAUUCAGCUAUAGUUAUAUGUAGAGUGUUCAGAUUAGUCAAUAUUGUGUGGGUAUAUGUAACAACAUUUUAAACAUGAAUGUAUUUUUAUUAUUUUUUCCUUUUUAAAUUGUCAGAAUAUAUUUAGAGUAUUCAGGUUUCUCUCCAUCUGUUUUUUUUUUCCCUUUUUUAGCACAAUACGCAACAAUAGUGGCAGAUAACUGCUUACAUAAAAAUAACAUGCAGAUAUUUAGAUCUGACCUAUUUGUCUUACUAAUAUGGUAUGAAAUGUAUAAUCCUAUGAAGCAGGUCAUAUACAGUAAAUAUUAAA